AUGCCCUUCUGGAAAAUCUACCACAGCACCAACACCCUAACCCAAGAGGAAAAAUCCACCCUCUCCGCCUCCAUCACACAAUACUACAUCUCUGUCGGCCUCCCCGCCUUCUACGUCAAUAUCUUCUUCCUCCCUUUGACCUCUGAUAAUUUCUUCGUCGGCGGAACUCCCCAGUCCCAAAAACUGUCAAUUGAGAUUGUGCAUAUUGCGCGACAGUGGGAUUCCGCACGGACUGAGAGGGCGACGUAUUUUAAAAACAAGGUGGAUGAGAUUUUGAGGCCGUAUACAAUCGACAAGGGCGUGCAGGUGGAGUAUUGUGUGAUGCAGGGCCCGCCGCAGUUGUGGAGAAUUAAUGGGAUUGAUCCGCCGGAGGGGAGUGAGGAUGAGGUGUUGCGGGAGAGGAAUAGGGCGUUGCUUGAGGAGUCGGUGAAGACGUGA